UAGUACCUCUGAAAUUAAAAAACAAAAAUUUAAUUAAUUUAAUUUAAUUUUUGAAUGCCUGGCAUUGCUCUGAAUUCUGUGUUUUUGUAGUAAAGUAAACCCAUACACUUAAGAAAUUGUUAUAUAGAUACUAUAUACGAACACAAAACGAGUUGUGCGCCGUUGUAUUAGUGAGUGUUCAUUUAUAAAAUACUUCAACAAAGUGAUAAAAACAAUAAAAGAUACAAACGAAAAAAAAAAACAAUAGAAACCAAUCGAAAACCUAACCCUGUUUGAAAAAUAAAACCAAUUGACAAUAAUUAUAAUUCCCUAAAACUAUAAACCUUUUAAUAAGUUGAACGAACAGUUCUAAACCCCGAAAAUAGAGAUUCUCAGUUUAUCACUGCCAUUUUGAAAAAGUGUAGUGUAUUGUAUAAUAUUUGCAUAUUCAGUUGUUGUUUUGUAGGACAUCGGAGUGAGUGAGAGAGAGAUAGAGGGAGGGAGAUUGUAAUUUAAAGAAAAGAGAGCAAUAAUAAGGGCAAAUCACAAGAGAAAAAUAUAACACAAAGUAGCCAAAAACAAAAAAAGAAUUUAAGUACGGAAUUGCAAAUUGCAUUGUUUUGACUUUUGUGAUAAGGCGAGAAUAAGGAAAUCAAAACUAUCGCCAUGCUGAUGCAGGUCGGAGGAAGGGUUACCACCCAGAUGAGAUGUUUUUUGGCAUUUGGAAGACAGAGCGAUAACGUAAACGUUGUGCGCAAGUGCUUGCUGUCAUCGUCGUCGUCAGCAGGCAGCACAACAACACCAACUUCUACUUCGAACACUGAUAACACUAAAGCCAAACAUCAAUCAGAUGGGAGCACCAAUAAGGUUAAAAGGAUUCCCGAUUCGGAGAUAAAGAAAUCAGUUUUCAUAUCACAAUCAUCUGACAUAUUUACGAAUUUGGCGUUGGAAGACUGGUUGUAUAAGAAUUUCGACUUUACCCAUCAUCAUGUGUUGCUAUUGUGGGCCAAUAAUCCUUGUGUUGUUAUUGGACGUCAUCAGAAUCCAUUCACUGAAUCUAAUGUUUCGAAAUUGCUGGACAAGGGAAUUGUGUUGGCGCGUAGGAACAGUGGUGGUGGUGCAGUCUAUCACGACAAGGGAAAUCUGAAUUGUACAUUCUUUACGCCUCGAGAGCGUUAUAAUCGAAAGUAUAAUUUGAAUAUAUUGACAAGAGCACUGUUUCGUGAAUGGGCAAUCAAAUCGGAAAUAAACAAGCGGGAUGACAUCGUUAUAAGUGGAAAAAAGAUAUCAGGUACUGCUGCCAAACUAGGCCAUCCUAAUGCAUACCAUCACUGUACGCUUCUUGUUAAUUCUAACAAAUUACACCUCAGCGAAGCCUUAGCUCGCGAAGAAGCUAAUUAUAUAAGCAAAGCAACUGCAUCUGUUCGUUCGCCAAUUAAGAACCUAAACGAUGUUAAUCGAGCUGUUAAUGUUCCACAACUCCUAUCAGCUGUUGGCUAUGAAUAUCUUCGUACUAGCGCAACCGAACUAACCGAUGGCGGACAAGAUCAAACAAUGAAACAACGAGGUUUCCAACUUGUCAAUCCCACUGAAAAAUGGUUCCCAGGGAUAAAUGAAAUUCGUGAUUUGUUCGGAUCAUGGGAUUGGGUCUAUGGCAAUACACCCAAAUUUCAAGUUGAAAAGGAAAUCAAUUUGAAAGCUGAUGAAAAGGAACAUAAGAUGAUCUUACGUAUUGAUGUUGAAAAGGGACUUAUAUCUGAAAUGACCAUUACCAUGCCAACAAAUGAAGCUGUGCCUAUCGUUUCUGAGCUCCAGGGCAAACCAUAUAACGAAGACAAUCUUCAAGGCAUUCUUGGUGCCUUGAAAAUGGUUUCAACUGAAAAUGUUAAACAGGCAAUGAAUGGAUUUUGACGUUUAGAGAUUUAAUAUUUUUUUCUUUUUAUUUUCUUUUGUUGUUGUGGUUUGCCUUCAAAAUUGUUUGUUUUUCAUUUUAUUAUUUCCGUUUGAUUUUGCUAUGAUUUCUAACAUUAAGUGCCUUUGUAAUUGAAUUAACUAAUCCAUUGUGUGAAUCUUUUUUUUCCAAAACAAAAUUUGUCUAAACAAAAUUUGAACUUUCCUUUUGCACUCAAAAUUACACGGCCACACGCACGUUUUAGUUUAUUAUUUAAUUAUUUUUUUUUCUAUAAUGAAUUUUUAUAAUAUCUAGAUUAGAAUUGAUAUAAAAGUGUAAUCAAAACUAUUUUCUUACAUAACUUAAAGAAACAAAUUGAAAUAAAUAUUUUUUAUAAAACAAAAAACAAAAUACCUA